CAGUGCUGAUUGUAGUUUUGACCGAGAGUGCCAAGCAUCUCAGAGGGAGUAAAGGCGCGGAAUAUUUUCCACGAUGCAGAAGCUGCUGCUAGUCCUGGUGGUCCUGGUCUCCGGAGUGUCGGGGUCCUCUGAAAAGGAUCAAGAUGUCUCAAGUCCCAACUCAAUAUCCGCGAAGACGUUACCAGCGAUGGAAGAGAGCGAAGGGGGAUUGAAGAUCGACAACGAGAUCAGAAAGAGGUGCGAACCGCAGCCGGACUAUCGAUCCUACAUAGAAUGCCUUCUACAGGAGACAAAACGGAAAAAACGGCAGUGCGGUCCGACGUUGUGCGGAGGUUACCAGACCUGCUAUGGAAGCAGUUGCCUCUCGUCGAAUCAGCAACAGCAGCUAAACUGUCAAGGAACAGAAUGUGCGCAAAAUGGACAGCAAGCCUGUUCAGGAUUUGGCUGCGUCUUCUUUGGCCAUAAGUGCCAAGGAAAAGGCUGCAUCCAGAUCGGUGAAACCUGUUACGGAAUCGGCUGCGUUCCUCCUCAAAUUGUUCAGAUCAGUACUCCUGGUCCGGUUAAAGAAGGUCCGAAGAACGAUGGAGACCAGCCUUCAAGUAAUAAUAUACCCUUGGGGCAGAAUAGAGAACCUUUGAAUGACGGUGAAAAGGUUCAGGACGUGCACCAGGAGAAUCCUGACGUGUCCGCACUCCGCAAGGAGAUUGCGGAAAUUAGAGAACAGCUUAGAUCCGUCAAGGAGCAGAAUGACAGGUUGAUAGAGAUCACGGAAAAGGCUACGACGCUUAUACUGUCUGGGAACGAGGAACGGGAGAGGGACAGAGAUAGGGAAUUCGACGAACCCAUAUUGAGCCACAACUUGACCACCAGUAUAGACAUCAGCAAUUACGUAAACAACACGAACGUCAUCAACGUGCCUUCACAGCUUCCGAAUAACGGUGCUGAUCAUCGUCGGGAUCAAAGUGAGCACAACGAAGGCCGGGUUCCUGACUUCAACUCCAAACUGUCACAGCUCCAGGGUACCACCGGAAAUUCCGGCACCGAGAGCAAGUCACACUGCUGUAUCGUCGUGCGGCCAAAAACGUGCCGCACUAUCUGGCAGCCUCCGUAUUUCGUCUGCCGACAGAAGAAGCAUCGGACUUGUGGAUCGCAUUGCUAUGGAAAACAGGUCGUCCAUAGUCAGGUGCGGCCGGAGUGCGUCAGGAAUGCUACUGAAAACUGCGUCAGCUAUCAUCCCACUCCGUACGUGCCAACUUACCCUGUGUAUCCAGCUGCCAGCUUUUACCCUCCGACACCGACGUACUAUCCGGUGGUCGGAGCUGCCCAGUAUUAUCCAGUCUACGCACCGGCUUCGGUGCCAAUUUAUGCUCCAGUCUCAGGGCCGAUUUACGGACAGCCAUCAUCGAUGCAGUAUCCUUCGCAAUCGGGGUCCUGGAACCUCGACGAGGACUCCGAUUACGUGGAUGAGUGCGAGGACUGCGAAACACCUGAGGAUCAAGUUGUGACUGAAGAAUGCCAGGACGGGACUGUCGAAUGUAAACCGAUGGUGAAAAAAGACCAGGAAGGCCAUCGGGACAACUCAGAGGACAGGAUGUCAGUUGCGCAACCAGGACGCGGCGACACGACGAUCGGGAACUCCGUCGCGAAGAGGAGACCCGAUGAUCGGAAUACGCCGCCAGGGGAAUCGGAGGUCGAUCCAUUGGCCCAGCUUCACCAGGUGGAGAAGGAGGCUCAGGCCAUCAAGAAAUCGGAGGAUCAGCUGACCACCUCUUUGGGGAUGCUGGAAGAAGCCGUGGAGUUGAAGAGGCUCCAGGAACAGGAUAAAGCCCCGCGCAAUCCGAAGGGGGGAGGAUCUGCACCGAAGAUCGACGGCCAAGCCAGCGAAGAAAAGCAGCCACCCUCAGCCACGAUUAAUCCAAACUGAAACCGUUUAGCGAAUGUACAUAAUUAGCAUAAAAUCAUUAUCAAGGCUGGGAUUCGUGAUCUGACGAAUUUGCUCACGAUUUAUUCCAGUCUUUAUUGCACAGAGAAAAAUUUAAG